AGAGAUGGUUGGAUCUGCGGCAGCGUUUGAUCUUCCAGAGAACGACCCCUUGCGCAUCUUUGGUUUACCCAAAAAAAUGCUGUUGGAGUUUCGAAUACUUUCCAAACCGUGCUCUGUUGUGCGCCAGGUGACCUCUGAUGCAAUUGACAUGCUGGAUGAUGCAAAGACCAAGUCGAGUCUGGAAAGUCGGGUGGUUCUCACUGGAAGACCGGGCAACGGGAAAAGUUUUUUACUUCUUCAAGCGGUUGAAUACUGCAUCGACAGCGGAUGGAUCGUCAUCUACAUUCCCCGUGCAAAGAACCUUGUAAACUCAACGACGGCUUAUGCAUACGAUCUCCGCACACAAACAUACCUCCAGCCCGCAUUCGCCUACCAAACCCUGCAAAGAAUGCACACCGUCAACGCCCAUCUCCUCGGUCAACUACAAAUGCAAAACGACUUGGUGCUCGAGAAGCAAACCGUGCCAACUGGAACUACAAUCUCCGACCUCAUCCAGGUUGCAAUCAAGGAAAAGUCAAAAGUGCACUCGCCCGUCAUUCUGGACACGGUGAUGAAGGAGCUUGAAACGCAGACCUUAACCCCAGUUCUCUUCGCGGUGGACGACUUCCAAGCUCUAUAUUGCAAGACCGAGUACCGUGAUCCGCACUUCGCCCCCAUCAAGUCUUUUCAUCUCUCCAUGCCCCGCCUGAUAAUGGAUUUCGCCUCGGGGAAACGAUCAUUCGCGAAGGGUGCCCUACUGGGUGCGAUCACCGCCUCCGAAACUAAGUAUGCUCUUCCGAUCGAGCUCCGGGAUACGCUGGGGCUGGGAUACCACCAUGCUAUGAGCCCGUAUCACAAGCGCUCUGAGGAACUCCUUGCAUACGCCGAGGGCUUGACGGCAUUCCCGGUGCCAGACAAGCUGACAGUGGCGGAGGCUGCGUCUCUUUUUGAGAUUUGGAAAGAUGAUAUGGCGGUAAACUCGAACACCUAUGAUGAGCUCUUCCUCUCAAAAUACGUGGAGAGUGAUGGGAAUGCUCGCGAUUUCGUGUGGAAGGGGCUCCUAUCAAAUAUGUCGGCGUAAUCUAUCUAUAAUUUCAAUACAUGCUCGAGCUAGAAAUUGCGUUAUCAGUGACAGGCUGAAGAUAAAAACCCAUCCAUUACAGUCAAAAAAAAAACUAGGAACAUCCAAAUUGUAAGUAAGUAUUGAACAUGGAAGAAAGUGGUAAAAAGCAUUUAAGUGUAAAGACAUUCAUCACCUCGCCCCUUCUCAUUUGAAAAACCAUCAUCUCAACUCGGCCCCAACCUGACCACUAGGAAAAUAAGACCCACUUGGCCCAGGAGCACCGCCGUAGGCCAUGGCGCUAUUCGUAGGAGACGAUCCAAGGCGUGGCUCAGCCGUCUUUUUCGGGAGGACCCAAGCAGGGGUAGACGAAGCUUGAACAGGGCUAGAAUACCCGCCACUCGCCCGUCUAGCUCCAUCACCAAGGGAGGUUCUAGGAGAUGUACCGCCGGCCCCAGCCUGAGGCGAGCUCUGUCGUUCAGGUUGAGGAUGUCCAUGAUCGUGGAGCCGUUGACCCGC